AAAAGUAGGGAUGAAUAACAUGUUUGGAUAACAGUAACUGAAUAUUCAGAUGGUUACGCGAGCGGUAUGAGAAAGUCAACGCAUUUCUUUCUCCCAACGCGAUGGAUCUCAUGAAAGAGGUCCAACACAAAUAACUCCGUAAUACUUUUAAUAGUUCUUUCAUGGUUUCUUUCUGCGAUAGUCCUCCAGCAGCCGGACUUAUCAAAACCAAAUUUUUAAAUUUCAUUUAAAACCAAAAUAAUAAAAAAAUAUAAAUUACUCGACACUUUACGUAAUAGGUGAGUGAAAAAUUUUGAAAAAGAUAAAACUAAAAGUUGUUUGCCGCUCUAAGUGAAAGCUAUAGUCGUAAAAAUUUAUUAGAUAAUUUAUCGUACGAACUUGGAUUAAGUUUCGCUAAAAAAAAUAAAGUGAGCAUAAUCAGCAUCGACACGCAAGUUGAGGGAAAGAGUAAAUUAUCACUGUCUCAUUUCUUGCUGGGUCAUGUGCUCAUAAAGAAAUUUUAUCAUAUUACUAUUCAUUUUACUGUUAUUUUUAGAACCAUCCUGACGUCAAAGAGAAAAAAAACCCGACAUUUAUUAAAAUCUAAUGAAGCUCUUCCAUUAAAUUUAGUCUCGACGCUCAAUCCAUUAAAUCACUAAAAUCAAUCGAUAUAAAAAAAAACGAAAUGAAUAUUAAAGUAGUAAUAGUAAUUUUUUUAAUAUUAAAAAUCACAAACGGUAAAAACCUGUUGGAAUUACUGAAGAGCUACGGUUUGAAAAAUAGCUACGAUAUUUUAACGACGCCUUUACCUACACGUGAGGAGUACGAUUUUGUAAUAAUUGGCGCGGGAUCUGGCGGAUCUACUUUGGCGAAUCGGCUAUCAGAGAAUCGAAAAUGGAAGAUUCUGCUGCUGGAGGCUGGAAAGCCAGAGGGUAUUUUGAAUCAAAUACCAAUACUGGUGAGUAAUUUUCAGCAGACGGAUUAUAAUUGGGGAUAUCGAGUUGAACCGCAGAAGAAUGCUUGCUUGGGUAUGAAGGAUCGUCGGUGUACAUGGCCGAGGGGUAAAUCCCUCGGCGGCACAAGUACAUUGAAUUACAUGAUUCAUACAAGAGGUAAUAGAGAUGAUUAUGACACUUGGGCGGCGCUAGGUAAUAAUGGAUGGUCCUACAAUGAUGUACUGCCUUAUUUUAUCAAGAGCGAACGUUUUCGGGUGCCAGGGCCAUUUAACGCUUCUUAUCAUGGAACUGACGGCUAUCUGUGUGUGGAACACAUUCCCUAUCACAUGCCGCUGUCAACGGAAUUUCUGAAAGCCGGUAAAAAAUUAGGCUGGGAGACACUAGACUACAAUGGGCCUGAACAAAUUGGAUUUUCAUAUCUCCAAGUAAACAUGGAUCGCGGCGCACGUUGUAGUGCUUCUCGAGCUUAUUUAAAAAUACGCCGGCCAAAUUUAGAGAUUGUAACUGAAGCACGUGUUACGAAAAUUAUUAUAGACUCGGACAAACGUGCCUACGGAGUCGAGUACAUAAAAAAUGGCAAGACAAAUAAAGUACAUGCCUCAAAGGAAAUUAUUUCAUCCGCGGGAACAAUAGACUCGGCGAAGCUGUUGAUGCUCUCGGGAAUAGGUCCUCGGGAACAUUUAGAAGACUUAGGAAUCCCGGUUAUCAAAGAUGCUAAAGUCGGUUACAAUUUGUAUGAACACGUUGGCUACUUGGGAUUGACUUUUCUCGUGAAUGCGAGUGUUACAUUGCUAGAGCGUACGAUUAUAAAGCCGCAGAAUGCUCUGCAGUACAUGAUUGACCGGAGUGGUCCACUUUCGAUACCCGGAGGUGCAGAAGCGAUAGCAUUCAUUCGUACAAAGUACGCACAAGACUCGCGUCCUGAUCUGGAGCUUCUUUUCGUCUCGGGUUCGAUACAUUCAGACAAUGGAGUCGCUGUAAAAAAAGGUCACGGUAUCACCGACGAUUUAUACAACGCGGUAUUCAAACCUAUUGAAAACCGCGACGCUUGGUCGAUUUGGCCGAUCGUCCAGCAGCCUCGCAGCCACGGCAGGAUCACGCUAAGAUCUAAGGACCCCUUUGAUGACCCGAUAAUUGAGCCUAAUUUUUUCACGCAUCCCGCGGACAUUGAAAUUAUUCUGGAAGGCAUCAAACACGCAAUUAAAAUUGCCGCCACUGACGAAUUUCAAAAGUACAAUAGCCGGUUGCACACAAUAAAAAUUCCCGGUUGCAAAGAACUCGAAUUCGCAAGCGAUGACUACUUUCGGUGUGCAAUCAGACACUUGCCUUCUAUGAUGAAUCACGAGGUGGGUACGGUUAAAAUGGGACCCCCGGAAGAUCCCACAGCCGUCGUGGACCCUCAGCUGAGAGUCUACGGAGUAAAAGGCUUGAGAGUCGUCGAUGCUUCGAUCAUGCCCACGAUGCCGAUCGGACACGUGAAUGCCGGAAUUUACAUGAUUGGGGAAAAAGCCGCCGAUAUGAUAAAACAAAUGUGGAAUUAAUUUUUUUAAAUUUAUGUACUUGCUCAAUUUAAUCUGAUAAGAUAAAGCUAUCAAUUUCGAAAUAAACAUUAUAUUUAU